UUAGGCUUGCAAUACGCGUGCGAAUUGGGCAGGCACGCAGACCUGGUAGUGGCAUAUCCCUCUUUCUUUAAAAGUACAGCACUGUUUUUUCUUUUUCUUCUUCAUAAACACUGCAAAUAUCUACAAGUCGCAAAUAAAGUGAACGAAAUAAAUGUCUGUAAGAAUAUGUAGUGUUAAAACAUUUUAAAUAAGAAAAGAGUGCUUCGCUAUGAAUUCAUGAAACCAAACGAACCCUACUGUAUUGGUCGUGGUGGAAAAAGAAGAGAGAAGAUGGCUUGUGGACUAUUUUCUUCCUUUGAACGAGACGUUAGGGCAAGUUCGAGACUGCUGCAAGGGACGUUUUCCGACUUCACCGACUCUGGCACGUCCAAUGCAGACAAAUAUGCCAGUGUUGUUUCUGAAAUGGGAGCACCGACUGCUAUUAACCAGGAGGCGGUUCAGGCGGCGGUGGAGAUUAUUAUGACAAGAUUUACAGGCAUUGCUAUCAUAAUUGAGGAAGCAGUGAAGGCAGCAGUGGAAAUCCUAACAGCAAGAUUUAGAGGAUGCUUUGAUCGAAAAUUCGCUGAUUUUCAGCUCGAAUUGUCAGUGAAGGACAAAGAAAUUGAUAUUCUGAAGCUACAACUGGAAGUCUUCAAGAGUGAACUGAGUGCACUCCAGAGGCAUCAUGAACCUGAAGGCAAGUCGAUGGAGGAGGCGGCAACUGCUCAAGCCGCAGAGAACGAAAAUGAAUUAUUUUCUAUGAAGGAGGAAGUACAGAAUGGUGGUGAUUUGGAAAAGGAAUCUGUUGCUUCUCUCCAAGAAGACAAAGGAAGAGUGACUGAACAAAGCUGCAGAUAUGCAGAAGAUGAACAUUCUGUAAUAAACCUCCCAGUCCAUGGAGAUGGUGGGUUAUGGCACCAAUUUGUUCAAAUUAAGGAAGAGACGAGUACCCCGGACACAGCCCUGAUUAAAGAGGAAAUUUGUGAAGAAGGUGCUCUCAAUCCUAAAAUCCAAGGCAGUGAACUUGAGUCUUGCUGCAUGUCAGACAAUGAGUCUCCUAGUCUGCAGCCUGCAUCGGCUUAUGGAAGUCCUGAAGCAGAUGUGCCAGUCAGGCAGAUGUCGAUUCACAGAAGAUGCUGCUCCCCUCAGCUGCCAAAUGACAGAGAGCAGCAAGAGAUUAAGACACCCGCGAGAGAUUCUAACAGGAAAGCUCAAUUAUCAGCUGCCCAGCAGUCCCACAAUAGGCUUUAUUUAUCCAGUGCCCUGGGAAUCUCUACCUGCAUUCUUGAACCUCUCAGUCUGGACCAUUUUCUUACUUUGAAAUGGUUGACAAAUACAGACACAGAUCAUGCUAUUCCAGGGUCAGAGAACAUGGUAUGGGUUAAAACUCAGGAGCCCUGCAACAGGACAGUGACACAAAAAUUAAAUUAACUAUACAGACUUGUGAUAAGAACUGAUCUUUGGAAAAGCGCAGAAAUCUGCUGUUGAAAAAGAGAAUCAGGCAAACAUUCAAGAGUGACAACAGAUGGAGAGAGGACCACCAGGAAGGUUCAAAUCACUUCUAGAUGGCAGUAGGAAAUGCUUGUAGACUGUCAUAAUUGCUGAGCAUUGUGCAACCAAGGAUUAAGGAA